UGUUCCCUGGAUUUUUAUUCUGAGAUUUGGGGUCAGAGGGUUUACUUGAGUUGGGACGUCCAGCUAUGCGACCCAGGGUGUCCUGAAGCGUGGAUUCACGACGGGGCCUGCGACUUGGCCUGUAAUAUUUCCGUGUGUCAGUUCGACGGCGGGGAUUGUGACGUCAACGACGGUACUUUGCCCAACGGCGUUUCUCCGUCUCUGGUCGACCACGACUGGAAUGGCUGGGGUGACGACGUUGACGGCCCUUAUUGCGCGCACUUGUGCUCCAACGCCUGGCUGGCUGACAAAUAUUGCGACCAGAGUUGCAACAAGCCAGAGUGCGGCUACGACGCCGGAGACUGCGGAGAAGCCCGUUUGAGGAACCUACCCGUUUUGCAACCCUCCGACGCCCGGCCCGACUCGCUGAAUGAAAUGUCUCUUCGCCUCACGCAACCCGCGUUU